UACUAUUUUCAAAAGUACAACAAAUAAUGAGGAAUGCUGAAUCGGUCCAACGUGAUCGCCAAAAAAGUACCAGAUACAAUGCAAACUUCUUGUCCGUUAUAUUCUUUGGAUAUGCAAUACCAACUUACGCUAGGGGGAUUAGAGGCACAUUAGAGGAGAAUGAAAUACCCGAAACAUUAGAGUAUCAUAAAUCAUCUGUGUUAGGAGAUAGAUUUGCCAGAAUAUGGUCUGAAGAAUUAUUCAAUGCACGUUUAGACCACAGGCGACCCAGCAUAAACAAAUGUGUAACGAGAUUAUUAAAAGGUCAAAUUAUAAAGGCAGGAUUUACCAUAUUCUUUAUGGAAAUUUUUAUAAGAUUACUCCAGCCUUUCUUCAUUGGUUUGUACGUCAGAUAUUUUUUACAAACGGAUGACACACCAGACCCAAACUCACCCACAUAUUUGAUGAGAAUAGUUUACUACUGGGGUGAACAGGGUCCUAUACAAAGAGACGAGGCCAUACUAUUUGCAUUCGGACUAUUUUUUUCAAAUUUAUGCUGUGUUGUCAUCACGCACCCUUACUACAUGUACACACUUGAAAUGGGAAUGAAGCUAAGAGUGGCAGCAUGUUCUUUGAUCUACAGAAAAGCUUUGCGAUUGUCGUUAACAGCAAUGGGAAAAUCCGCAAAUGCAAUUAAUCUCAUGUCAAACGAUGUUAUGCGAUUCGACAUGUUCUUCAUGUUCCUACAUUAUAUAUGGGUAGGACCUUUGCAGGUGUUCUUUAUAGUAGUAUUUGCAUACAUGGAAGUUGGUGUAGCUGCAUUUGUUGGAUUCUCCAUGUUAGUUGUUAUAGUGCCUCUACAAAGUAUAUUUGGUAGAUUACUGGCGCUUUUAAGAUUCAAAAUAGCAGCUAAAACUGAUGCCAGGGUUAAACAGAUGAAUGAAAUUAUACAAUCAAUAAGCGUGAUCAAAAUGUAUGCUUGGGAAUUCGCCUUUGCAGAUCUUAUACAUAAACUGAGGAAACGAGAAAUACGAUCCCUUUGCAAAACAUCAGUUAUCAGGGGUUUGUUAAUGUCGUUUAUCAUGUUUACUGCCAGAACUGCUACAUUUUUAACUGCACUUGGCUACGUUCUAAUGGGCAACAAAAUCCGAGCUGAUCAAGUGUUCAUAAUUACAACCUAUUAUCAACUGCUACGUCAAACUAUUACAGUGAACUUUCCCAAUGGAUUAAGUGCGCUAGCAGAGGCAUUGGUUUCACUUGAACGUAUCAGAGUUUACAUCCUCUCCGAAGAAUCUCAAAUGGGAGAUCCAAGCGUUUUAGAUCCAGAAAUGGUAAACUAUCCAAGGAUUAGAAAACCGUUUCAUGCUAUAGUCCAUCCUGAGGUCGUUAUCGAUAGUGGUUACGCCAAAUAUGGAGAUCUUAUAUGUCUGGAGGACAUCAAUGUCGUAAUGAAGCCUGGAAUAACGGCUAUUGUGGGCCCUGUUGGGUCUGGAAAAACUUGCAUAUUAAACCUGAUAUUAGGCGAAUUGUUAUUAUACGCAGGAACUCUUAAAAUAAAGGGAAAAGUGUCUUAUGCAUCACAAGAGCCUUGGCUAUUUGCCGGCACAGUAAGACAGAAUAUAGUGUUCGGCAGAAAAUUCGACAAAAUUAAGUACUACCAAGUAGUAAAGGCUUGCUCCUUACUUAGAGAUUUUCAGUUGUUUCCGUUUGGUGACCAGACCAUUAUAGGUGAAAGAGGAGUAUCUUUAAGUGGUGGUCAAAGGGCCAGGGUCAACUUAGCAAGAUCAAUUUACACUGAUGCUGAUAUUUAUUUACUGGAUGAUCCACUUUCAGCAGUUGACACCCAGGUGGGAAAAGCCUUAGUAGAAGACUGCUUUCUUGGGUACCUGUAUGGUAAAGUGGUCGUUUUGGUCACCCAUCAAUUACAAUACCUCGAAUAUGCCCAAAACAUUAUAAUUAUGAAUGAAGGAGAAAUGGAGGGACAAGGCACCAUAGAGAUGCUGAAAUAUAGUGGUAUAGAAUACACAGAGUUAAUGGAUCAACCAGUGGACCAAACAGGGGAGGAUGACAACGAAAUACCAGAACUGACGUUAAAAGUCAAUAAUGAAUCGUCUUUGAAACUUAGAAAUGUUAGUACCAAAUCAGUAGAUCAACUGCAGGGACUAUUACAGAAAAGUUUGCACACAAUGGAAUCAGGAUACGGCAUCUCAGGAAAGGAAAGGGGCUUUAAGGAAAGUCGAGCAGAGCAAGAAGUAGCAGAAAUGAGAUCUAAAGGAAAGAUAUCAUGUGGAAUGUACAUGAAAUAUUUUACGGCGGGGGCCAAUGUACCUGCCGUUUUACUAAUGUUUUUUAUGUUUCUACUUGCUCAAGCUUUUGGAAGCGGUGGAGAUUGGUUCCUGUCACAAUGGAUUUUGGUCGAAGAAUAUAUACAUCAAGUAACAAAUGACCCGAAACCUUUAUUAGGAGAUUACUCAUCAAGCGAAGUUAUAAACAUGUACUCAGUAAUUAUAGGCCUCACAUUUGUGGUAGUAAUUUUCAGAGCCAUGUGGUUUGUUGGUAUAUGUAUGAGAGCAUCUAUAAGACUUCAUGAUCUAAUGUUCAAGAGUAUAGUUCAUAGUAACAUGCAGUUCUUCUAUACAAAUACAUCUGGAAGAAUAUUGAAUAGGUUUUCCAAAGAUAUGGGAUGUGUUGAUGAGUUUCUUCCUACAGCCCUUAUUGAUACAUUUCAAAUUAAUUUAAAUUUGGUGGGCGCAGUUAUUGUACUCUUCUUUAUUGAUUGGACAACGAUUUUUCCCACAAUAGUCUUGUGUUGCAUUUUUGGAAGUAUUCGUUGGGCUUACCUAAAGACUAGUACAGAUAUAAAAAGAUUGGAAGGAACAUCUAGAAGUCCAGUCUUUGGUCACCUUAAUGCGUCUCUUCAAGGAUUAGCCACAAUCAGAUCUACAAAUAGUGAGAAAUUGUUGGUAGAGGAAUUCGAUGCGUUGCAAGAUACUCAUUCAAGCGUCUGGUUUAUGUUUCUGUACACAUCUAGAUCAUUUGGAAUGUGGUUGGACGUCAUAUGUACAUUCUAUAUAGGAUUUAUUACGUUCUCUUUCGUUGGAUGGUCAAGAGCUGAAGGAAGUAUCGUUGGUUUGGCCUUAACGCAGUGCAUAGGUUUAAGUGGUUUGAUUCAGUGGGGAAUGAGACAAUCCGCUGAAUUGGAGAAUCAGAUGACUUCAGUUGAAAGAGUUUUUGAGUACAUAGAUAUAGAAACUGAACCUAGUCUUACAUCUACUCCAAGUGCUAGACCUGAUCCAAAAUGGCCACAGCAAGGUGAAAUUGUCUAUGAUAAUGUCUCAAUGUCAUAUAAAGUAGGGGGACAUAAUGUAUUAUCCAAUUUAACGCUAAUGGUCAAACCCCGACAAAAGAUUGGUAUUGUGGGUAGAACCGGAGCAGGCAAAUCUUCGCUUAUCUCAACAUUAUUUAGAACAGUAGUAUAUGAAGGAACUCUUUUAAUAGAUAAUGUAGAUAUAAAAAGAAUUGGGUUGCAUGAUCUCAGAAAAAAAAUAUCAAUAAUUCCUCAGGAGCCAGUGAUAUUUUCUGGUACACUGCGAUAUAAUCUGGAUCCAUUUAAAGAAUACAAUGAUGAAUCGAUUUACAACGCCCUUGUUACAGUGGAAAAUAAAGCAGCCUUAAUUAAAGGAAUAGAUUGUCUCAAGGAUAUAAUGAGUGAAGGUGGCACCAACUUAAGCGUUGGUCAACGACAACUCGUUUGUCUUGCAAGAGCUAUAUUGAGAAAAAAUAAAAUACUCAUAAUGGAUGAAGUCACAGCGAAUGUAGAUCCACAAACUGAUAAAUUUAUACAACAGACGAUAAGAACAAAAUUCCAUUAUUGUACAGUUUUAACUAUAGCUCAUAGACUUCAUACAAUAAUUGAUUAUGAUAGAGUGUUGGUCUUAGAUGCUGGUCACCUAAUAGAGUAUGAUCAUCCUUAUAUAUUAUUACAACGGGAUGGAUUAUUUGCUACCAUGGUGAAGAAAACUGGACCCAUAAUGACCGACAAUUUAAAAAAAUUAGCUGAACAAAACUACAAAUUAAAACAAUUAAAACAUAGUGCCGCAGACGAUGAUGAGACAGUAGAAAAAAUUAAAGAACUGAAAUUUCAAGAUGACAGAUCAGAAUACAGUGAUGAUGAACCAGAAUGAGAAUAUAGGAGAAAUUCAAUAUUUAAGAAUAAAUUGCUUAUUGCACUAUUUAUUAGCAUAAAAAAAAAAAUAUUAUAUACAUAUACUUAUUAAAUUAUUAUCUAGAAGUAAA